UGGGGGUUUUAACGUAGCUUGUGGUAUUCAUGCAUAUCUAUUGGAAUAGUGCUGGGUUAAAAGUGAAAUAUUGCACUGUACUAUCCUGUGUUUAAACGCAUGUACAGCACUCCUCUUUUUUAAAGAGCGACUUAUUUUAUUCUAUGUAUUACCGAAACCGGGUUUCCCGUGAUUGACUGGAGUCCUAGCCACUCAGAGAGUAUUCUACACAGUGAUCGCAUAUCCUGUUACAGCCUGUACUGCUCUCUAGCUACGCGCUGGCCGCCGCAUUGAUGUCACCGAGACCUCUUCAAUGGCUGCGGGGACACGUUGUUUUAUUUGUUGCUAUUUGUCUUUUUUAUUGAAAGCCAAGACCCAGUAGCACGGCUACACAACAGACGGGCACUAGUUCCUGUUCUAUGGAAACCUGUACUGACAUCAGCAUUGCCACGGAGAAGAUAAUGCCUUGCCAUAACCAGCAGCUGAGUAGCACUGCUAACCAAGAGAACGCUGUGAUAAGCAGCACGAAGCAGGUCAGGUUUGCUAGCAGUAACGGCAGCUCCGGCAGUAGCGACUCGCCUGUGUGUAAUACAGAGGCUGAGGAAGUCCCUGACCCCUGUCAGACGGAUAUCAGCGGUGAAGCACUUCGGCAGAUCGGGCCGCAGUUGAAACUUCUACCUCUAAAUGAUCAAAUCCGAGAAUUACAGACCAUCAUUAGGGAUAAGACAACCAGCAGAGGGGAUUUUGUAUUUUGUGCUGAUCGACUGAUCAGGCUAGUAGUGGAAGAAGGACUCAAUCAGCUGCCCUACACUGAGUGCACAGUUACUACCCCAACAGGGCACAAGUAUGACGGGGUCAAGUUUGAAAAGGGCAACUGUGGCGUCAGUAUCAUGAGAAGCGGUGAAGCGAUGGAACAGGGACUGCGAGACUGCUGCAGAUCCAUCCGUAUCGGCAAGAUCCUCAUUCAGAGUGACGAGGAAACCCAAAAAGCCAAAGUUUACUAUGCCAAGUUCCCCCCGGACAUUUACAGGAGGAAGGUCCUGCUCAUGUACCCUAUACUGACAGGUACAGGCAACACAGUGAUUGAGGCUGUCAAAGUACUGAUUGAGCAUGGCCUGCAGCCUAAACACAUCAUACUGCUCAGUCUGUUCUCUACACCUCAUGGUGCAAAGUCAAUCAUCCAGGAGUUUCCAGACAUCACAAUCCUCACCACUGAGGUGCACCCUGUGGCUCCCACGCAUUUUGGACAGAAAUAUUUUGGGACAGAUUAAUAAGUGAUGCCUUCUAGAAAUGCACAUGCCAUUAUAACUCUGUUGACUGUCUGCUUUUCUUUUUUUUUUUUUUUUUUUUUCUUUAAAUUCGUUUUUUUUAACUUGAUUUGGCAUUUCCUUGGAUUUGCUUUUUAUGACUUACCCUCUCAUAUUUACUCUGGAACAACGUUAAGCAUUUCUCAUAAGCACAUUCCAUACAAGUGUUCAGGAAAUGGUGUGCUUUGGUGGACUGCUGCAUACUGUGUGCUCUGAUCUUAUUUAUUUCUUUCGGUAGUCUUAUAUAGUUGAUUGCGACAGAUUAAAAAGUUUAUUUAUAGCUCUCCGCUACUUUACUUCAAUCUCUUAUCAUAACCAAGUUUAAAUAAACAAAGUUUAAAAUCAUGCCAGCCAUGAAGACUAUACUGUCUUUCAAAAGAUAACCUCUGCUGCAUUCUUGGUGUUUCCUUUUGACGGGCUCCUAGAUAAUUUUAUCUUGAUUAAUUGCUAUUAUGUGUUAAUGCAGGCAAAGACAACAGCAGAGCAAGUUUAUAUGUUCUGCUAGGAAACAUGGCUUUAAUAAAACAAAAACAUUUUAUUUGUACAAAGAUAUCCUGGCAUACAAAAUGAAGAGUUGGUACAAAAUAAAGAAUUGAUAGUUGGUAGGAAGAACUAAUUUGAUAAUGAUAAGAGGCAACCUUUAGAAUACGAUUGGGGACACAGCAGUUGUGAGUUCAUUUGUGUGUCAUUUGCUGUUGUAUGGAAUUAAAACUGUAAUGAACACGUUCUAUGUA